UCUUUCUCUCUUUUCAGGAACCACCUAACUUUCUGCCAUGAAAUUUAUAAUCCCACACGAUAGAUUUGUACGGAAAAGUGACUUUAACAAGGCCGCAUACAGCUAUGCAUUAUUUAGCUGGACCUUAUUUUUCGGAUACUGUGUUGCAUACCAAAUCAGUCGUAUAUACCUGUAUCGCACUCGAAAACAACGGAUACAAAACGACAGACGAGGAAUGAACGCUGACGACGACGAUGACGACAACGAUAUCAAGGAUGACAAACCCGACAACAAUCUUCCCCUUAACGGACUCUUCAACACAUAUGUACGGAUACCUUGGCUCACCAAUAUGAUACCUGUAAAACACGUUUUGGGCGUAUCGUUGUUUUUUAUUACGAAUGUUAUAUUUUGCUUUUUUGCACCAUUUGUACUCGCCCCGUAUGUUCCUGAAUACGAAGUCCCGAUACCAGCUCUCAUGGACAGAAGAUGUGUUUAUAUUGGCAUGGUGAACUGGAGCUUCGUUAUUGUCCUUGGACUGCGCAAUAAUAUAGUGACUCGAAUGUCCGGGUUGACGUUUGAGGCGCUAGUCCCUUUCCAUCGAUGGGUCGCUCGGAUUGGCCUACUUGAAUUCAUCCCACAUAUUGUCUAUCGACUAUGGUGGGCAUAUGACCAACAUAAAAUUUGGUAUGAAGCAAUGACGUUGGACUCCGAGUACAUGACGGGUACACUAGCAACAUUUGGAUUCUUCCUCAUUUUCAUCACGGCUUUUGAAUACAUCCGACGAAACCACUUUGAAUUGUUCUAUUACACGCACAUCAUCGGUUUUGUCAUUGCCAUGAUUGGUGCUUUAACCCACGAGAUUUCGUGUAUUUACUAUUUCAGCCCUGCAAUUAUUCUAUGGAUCGCCGACCGACUAUUACGAUCUUAUAGAUCAUGGCGCAUUCCCUCAACCCUGCAGAGCAUCGAGCCUGUUUCCAACAAUAUCAUGCGUAUACGUUUCAAAUACGAUGGUCUUGGAUCAUUUGUACCCGGGCAAUACGUGUUCAUGGCGUUUGCUCACAGUGCCACUGAUAAGCUGGGGAAAAAAUAUCGGUCGUGGUGGCAACAUUACUUGAAUUGGUACCCGAUGACGGUGGCCGAAAUCUCGAAAACGAUCCAGUGGGACGAAACGACACUAUUACCGCGGAUGCGAGGAACCUCCGACACGUCGUCUGCAACGGUCUACAUCAAGGCACUCGGCGACUUCACAAAAAGUCUUUAUAACGCAGCAUCACUUGGUCAAGUCCAGAGUUUUAAGGUUGAUGGACCUUAUGGACCAAGACUAGAAUAUCAAGACAGCCACGUUAUGGCAUGCUUUGCGCUGGGUGUUGGUGUCACACCAGCCUUAGCGCUUAUUCAGGACUGUAUGAAUCGCCGCUCUGCAGGGAGUUCGACAGUACUUACAUCAAGUAUUCAUCUUUAUUGGAUCAUUCGACAUGCAGGUAGCUAGCAGUGGUAGUAAGAGAUGGAUACGAGAUACAAUUCCCAUAUACAUAAUUUGGACAAACAUGAGGGAAGGUGGUUUAGCGUGUUGAAUUA